CUCCCAGAAGACAGGGGAAGCAAGUUCUGUUGCGGUGUAUCAAGUAUAUAAAAUAGGCAAGAAAAACCCCAAUUUUAAUAAAAAAGCGUCAACAUAUACAUAAUACCAAAAGGUAGAUGCCAGAGAGAGAGUGAGCAGCCGCAUCUGAGUACGAAGAUUAAAAGUAGAGCGGCGGUCCUUGUCGCUGAUUCGCAUAAAAUCUUGGACUGCACUGAAAUAUUAAUAUGCCGAAGGAAACAGCGCAAGCCAUGAACCGUAGCUAAGCGACAAUACCGCAGCAACGCUGUUUACAAUUGAAAUCAAUAGAUGUAAAAUUAUCAAGGAAUCAAGGGAAUCAAGGAAAUCGUUUGAAUAAUCGUACUUACAUCAUGGCGGACCAAAGCGAACUGGACCAGUUGGCCACAGCAGAGUUGCUGAGGCUCCAGAGACAACAUCGAUCGCUUCAACUUGAUCUUCGAGGCCUGCUAGAAGAAAAAGCCAAGCGACUGAAGAAGCAAAAUAACAUGAUAAACGUUCUGCAGGUCGAGCAUCAGAAGUUGAAGGAAGAGAUCAAGACUUUGGAGGGUGGAACGCACGCACGGAAAAACACAAAUAAGGAACGGCAUCUGGGAGCACUGCAGAGACAGCAGACGGAUCUGCAGAGGGUGCUUCAAAACGAGCGAACCAAUCUGUGGGAGCUGGAGGGGCACAUACGGAAAAUGGAAAAGGAAAUCGACGGUCUUCGUCGUAAUGAGGUGCCCGACAGCUGCUACAAGCACACAAUUUGCACGGUUCAAAAAAGCGUUGUCAAGCUGGAGAACCGUCUGGAUGUGGUCAACAAAAAGUGCAGCGAUGUCCUCACAGAGAACAGCAAAAUGCGAGAUACCAUAAACCACAUGCUGCAAGAUCGGGCUAACUUCAAUGAUAUGUGGCAAGCGAUGGUCACUCAGUUCAAUGAGGGUAAGAAAUUCAUAAUGGACUUGAUUGACCAAUCAACGCUGGCCUUCGAUCAGCGCGAGGAGCUUUGCAACAAGUUGUCCGUUCUGAAGGACCGCAAUGAGAAUGACAAGGUGAUGCACAUCCAGGAGAUGCGUGAGAUGCAGAGGCGUCUGGAGCACGAUGCCAAGCUUCAGAAGUUUUUCGACAUCAAGGGGCAAAAGCGGCUUAAUCCAGAGCUAGAGCAGCGAGAGUUGGAUAAGAAGCAGAAUCAAAAGGAAAACUAUGAGCGACAACUUUUCGAAUACAAGGAGAUAAUUGAGAAGAUCAAGCAGUUGUAUGGCGAAGAAGAUCCGGACCGCUUGGUGGCUCAGUUUAAGCGCCAGGAGGAUGAGAACUUCGCUCUUUUUAAUUACGUUAAUGAGCUAAGUCACGAGGUGGAGGUGUUAAACGAUUCCACUCAAGAAUUAACUGAUGAAAUAGAACGACAAAAAUCGGAGCAGACCGAGAAAGAGUUGAAGCUAAAGACCGAGGCGUUGGAUUAUUUAAAUGCAGAGCGGGGUCGCAUUGAACAACUGGCCAAGGAGACCAGCGAAAAGAAGCAAACUCUGAGCAUCAGACUUGAGCAACUACUUAAGGGGAUCGAGGAUAUAUUCAGACAAUUGGCCUGCGACGACGCUCCCAUCCUCAACGUCCUUAGCACCAAGACCUUUCUAACUGUCCACAAUGUAAAGCUGUUCAUUGGCGUAAUAGAGCGUAGAGUCAAUCUCAUUAUCAGCACGAUUAAUAUAGAGGACAAUUCAAACAAGAUACUGGCCAAGAAAGAUCGUGUGCCCAAGUUCAACAUCCGAGAAUCGGCUAAAACAAAGAACUAGAUAAGUCUCAUCUCAUCUCUAAUCAAUACAUUUAAACACUAUUUAAAUUAUUAAUUAGUAUUUGUUCGGUCAAACUUUUUCUUGUUGUUACCGUCUUAAUUAAUCGAUUUAUUUAUACUAAAAUAUGAAAUACUAAAAUAUGCCUUUGAAUUAAGAAAGAAUUAUGUACUUGCAUGAGUCUCGAACUAUGGACAAUCUUACGCUGUUUUACUCUCUCAACAUCAUUAUCAUAAACUCACCACAAUAAAGUAUCGCUUAUUCUUGGA